ACUCCUGAAAGCCUCAGAUGUCCCUCUGAGACAGUCUGAGGACGUUUGUCCCACUUUUUUGUUGGACCUCGAAGUAUCAUCAGAGACUUUUAUUACUCGGGUGUGUGGACGCUCCACAGCAGCUUCACGAUGGAGCUGAAGGACUUCUGCGUGACGGGCGAAUACGACCUGCUCAGCCCGCAGCGCAUCCUGGACUCCUCUUCUCUCUCCUCCUCCUCCCCCAGAGAUGAACCUCAAUCUCCACCCUCCUUCCUCCACUCCUCCCCCAUUGGUCCUGCCUUUCCUCUGGAAGCCACUCCCACUCUCAGCCCUUCACAUGCAGAAUUCUUCCUCCACAGCCCGGCUUCUUCCUCCUCCUCAUCCUCCUCCUCCUCACCGUACAGUCUCCUGUGCCGAGCAGCGGAGCCCGACUCCCCGACAGGAUGUAGUUCCAGCGGUGGAAGUAGCGCCUUGGUGUCGGAAGCGUCGCUGUGUUUUUCUGUAUCGGACUCGUUUUCAGCGCAGGUCGACUCGAUCCUGAGGGGCGACUACAUGACCUCGAUGGGGGCCGUGGGGCCCAAAAGGCUGUGUCUGGUGUGCGGAGACUUCGCCUCCGGGUAUCACUACGGCGUGGCGUCCUGCGAGGCCUGCAAGGCUUUCUUCAAGAGGACCAUCCAAGGUAACAUCGAGUACAGCUGCCCGGUGAUGAACGAGUGCGAGAUCACGAAGCGGAGGAGGAAAGCCUGUCAGGCCUGCCGCUUCCAGAAAUGUCUGCAGGCUGGGAUGAUGAGGGAGGGUGUCCGUCUGGACCGCGUCAGAGGGGGGCGCCAGAAGUACAAGAGGCGGGUGGAGACGGGACUGAGUUUAUGCACCAAAGCCCCGUACAGCCACCCGAGCAGCAGCAGUGAGUUCACCCUCGCUCCCUCUGAAGGCUUUCAGGUCAAACUCCUCGCCCACGCCGAGCGCCAUUUAUCAUCCACUUCCUGUCUUUUAGGGAACAAGGUCAUUUCCCACCUGCUGCUGACAGAGCCCGCCCCUUUAGCUGCCAAUCAGGACGAUUCGACCAAUGACAGCAGCUUGCGGAUCCUGCUGAUCCUGUGUGACCUCCUGAACCGGGAGCUGCUGGUUCUGAUUGGCUGGGCAAAACAGAUUCCAGGCUUCUCCGGACUCUCAUUGGUCGAUCAGAUGUCGCUUCUGCAGAGCGGCUGGAUGGAGGCGCUGCUGGUGGGUGUGGCCUGGCGCUCCCAGGGCGCAGGGGGGGACGAGCUCGUGUUUGCCGGGAAUCUGCGUCUGGACGAAGCUCAGUGUCGGGCCACGGGAUUGGCUGACCUGUACGAGGCGCUGCGUCACCUGAUGGCGAAAUACAGAGCGAUGAAGCUGAGCCCUGAGGAGGUGGUGACCCUGAAGGCCAUGGCGCUUGCCAACUCUGACGCCGACCCGGUGGACUGCCCGGACUCGGUGCAGAGGUUUCAGGACGGGCUCCACGAGGCGCUGCAGGACUACGAGUCGUCCCGCCGGGAGCAGCACCGAGCAGGACGGCUGCUCAUGACUCUCCCCUUGCUACGACAGACCGCCGACCGAGCCGUGCAGGCUUUCCUGCGGCUGCACCGCCACCGCCACGUCCCCAUCCACAAACUGCUGCUGGAGAUGCUCGACGCCAAGGCCUGACCGCUUCCUGUCGGCCAUUGCGUGACCACAGCGGCUUUUAUCGGGGAGACUGUAAAAUGACCCAAUGCACUUGACUUUUAGCUUUCAGAGAAGUUAUAUUUUUGUAUCAUGAUGUGUUGAGAUGUGUUUGUUUUUUGGCAGAAAUGAGCUUCCGUAUUUUUUGUUUAUGGGACCGUUCCUGCUCAGUGAAGCUCAUUUCUGCUCAAAGAUCCACCGUUACAGCUUUUCAUCAGAAAACAAAGUGGAACCGUUCUACUCAUUUGCAGCUCCAUGUUCACAACCUUGGGUUCUGCUAGGGCAGCUUUGCAUGAGUCACAGUUCAGAAUAACCCUUCUUUGUCUGAUACUGGGCCUCUGUCUCAAACAAGCUACUCCCCGUUUAAGGGCUACCAUCCUACUUAAAUGUUUGAACGGCGAGUGGGCGGGGCCUUUAUGUCUGAGAUGACUACAGUAGGGAUAUUCUCUGUGACGUCACACAGACCAACAUCAGAAAAAAAGUUUGAAACAGAGUGUUCGUCUCACUGAAGUUGUUAUUAGAAACUUGGCUCAUGUUUAUUAUGAACAGGAAAGCAGAACAGAGCCACUUUAACCAAUCAGCAAACACUUCUUUAAGCUCCACCUCCUGUAGGUAAAGGUGGGCAUAUCUAGAGUCAGAUUUAAAUUUAUUUUUAUAAACUAAAAUAUUUUUGUGGGAUAUCUAUUUUUCCACGAUCCGCGAUCAAACUGCGAUGCUGAGUCAUCGUUUAAAUGGCUGUGGAUGUUUACUGUGUCAGAGAGCUGUUUGUUAUAAUAAAUUAAAGCUUUUGGAAUAAAAA